CCUUCUUUUAUGUCUAACUCGUAAAUAACUGAGUUAUAUUACUCUAUAAAUUUUAAUUUUUCAUUUUUAAUUAUCCAAUUUCCAAAACCUUAAUUUUCUACAUUAUCUCAUCCCAAAAAAAACCAAAAAUAAAAAAAUUUCCCAACUCCUAGAAAAAAGUGAACGAGAAGGGACAGGGAGGUCCUUUUACCGCGGGAUUCCCAACGACUUUUUCAUAUAUCAGUGCAUUAUUUUUGUAGCCAUUUAUUUAUUUUUUUCAACUUUCAUUUCAUAAUUUCCGUAGUUUCAUGCACAAAAUUAAACACAUUUUCUUACUAAAAUUUAAUAAAGACAACCCUUUAUUGAAUCCCAAUUUCUAUUUCUUUGAUUUCUCCGCUUAUUUUCUCACUCUCUUCAAUCUCACUCUACUACUCUACUUCACUGUAAAAAAAAAAAAAAAUUAACACCUUUUUAUUCAUCAUCUUCUUCACAUUUCUCCUCUAAAGAUUAGUAAUUUCUACUAAUUUAAUCAUGCCCAGGUGAAGUGUGUGGACUAAUAAAGUGAAGGAGUUUACCAGGUCUAUUUCUGCUGUGCUGACAUCUACGGAGUACUUGUGGUCCUCGUGUGUUUUAAGCACAUCAAGGGGACACAAUGAGGAAAAGAAGUCUUCAUCUGGCUUUACAUCCUUUCGAUGAUCAUCCCUUUGAGAUAUUCUAUCAAGGUAUGUGGAAAUCUGUGGAUCGAUUAAGAAUCAGUUCGGGGACUAUAACGUUUAGCUUCUUGGACCUUGGAUAUUUGUUCGAGGAAAAGAGUUUUCUUUCUACCCUGAGGCUUCGGCCAAGAAGAGCAACUUUGACUGACUGCACCUGUGUGCUAAGACCUGGUGCUGAUGUUUCUGUGUUCUCUACACCUGAUGAUGCAGAAGAAUCAUCCGAGGGAUCCCCCGCAGGAUGGUUUGAUGCAAGAAUAACUUCUGUUGAGAGGAAACCGCACGAAUCUGAAUGCAACUGCAAGUUUUACAUCAAAUUCUUCUACAUCAGUGAUGACAAUGCUGGAACUGACAGAAAAAAACUAAGCAAGGAAAUCGAGACUGUUGGGAUCAACCAAAUAUCCGUUUUACAAGUUCUCGAGCAAAGGCCUUCAGAAAAUACACAUUAUAGGUGGAACCUGGCAGAAGACUGCACAUCAUUGUCGAGGACUAAACUAUUUCUAUCUAAGUUCGCUUCUGAUAUAUCUUGGCUUCUUGUGACAUCAGUUCAGAAUCAGACUGUAUUCGAUGUAAGAGCGAUAGAAAAGAAGAUAGUCUACCAAAUAUUGGACACCAACUUCAGUCCUUAUUCAACUUCUGUCCGUCUAAGUAGCGUGAGUUUCAGGACAGAUGGUGAUAUUACAUUCUCAGCUGUUUUCUCAUUUGUUCCGAUGGACAAUGAGCAAGUACAGCCUGUCCCAGAGGUGAAGGAGGAAGAGGAUCCACUUUCUGGAUACGAGCUUACAGAGUUAAGGCGAUCAAAACGUCGUAAUGUACAGCCUGAGCGUUAUUUGGGUGAGAUAGGUCUCGAGGUGACUGAUACUACUGCACUCAGAAUAGGGUACAAGUUUUGGAAUCAGGAAGAUUUGGCCAUUGUACUUGUAAAUAACGACGAAGAUACAAGUCAUUCUGUUUUAGAAGAUCCUCAACAAAAUCUCCAACAUGCUAUUGAGUUAUAUUCAGGGGAUCGCAUUGGAGUUGAGACAAUAGACGAGAAUCUUGCUAAAGAUGGUCUUAGUGAUGAAGACAGUCAAAAUCAAAAGCGGCAGAAGCGAAAAUAUGUCAGAAAAGAGAAGGAGAACAAGAAAAAGAAUGCUGAAAAAGCAGGAACAGAUAACCAACUUGCUAUUGUUCCUCUCCCGGGUGAUAGCAAUCAAAUGCCCCGGGAACAAAGUAAUCUCCUUAAUGAGAUCCGACCAAAUCCUCUCGACAUUGAUGAUGAUAAUGUUCCAUUGAAGUUCUACAAGCGAAGAUUUAGAGAGCGAACAACUUCAACAUCAAUGUCAGGACGUAUGAAGAAAAUCUCCGAAUUAGAUGAUUAUGAUCAUGAACCAGGACGCGGAAGAAGGAACUUUAGUCAUAAACAAAAUCAGAAGUUUAAGCAUCGCGCUUUUGCUUCUUCUAGGAGUGAUAAGCACUCUGAGGAUCCGUCGAGAAAUAAAAAGAAACCUUUGGAUAUAUCUGCUUACAAGGAUCUUAUAUCAACUUACAUGAAGAACAUACAGUUGACAAUAGAGAAUAAACAGCCUAUUUCUACUGAUGCAUGGAAAAACCUUCAAGGAGCAUCAUCUAUGUAUGAAAAGAAGGCUGCUGAUGAAGCUCGGCCUCCCGAGGAGGUAGAAGAAGAAGAAGAGUCUGAAACUGAGAUGUUGUUCAGAGAAAUGGACCUUUGUUUAGCUUCAGCAUAUUUUGAAGAGGAGCAUUCAAAGGCUGAAGAUGGUGAUGAACCCGCGGAGAAGUUCUUCAAAAAUGAUGGAUCUUGUCAGCAUGUGUUCACCAUAGACGAUGAGAUUGGGAUUCUAUGCCGGUUGUGUGGAUAUGUAAUCACCGAGAUCAGAGAUGUUACACCGCCAUUUAUGCGACAAUCAGGAUUUACAGCGAAACAUGACAGAAAUGAUAACAAGACUGAAAAGGAUGAUACUGAGCAUAAGCUGCUGGAUGAGGCCUGUGCUGAUCUUGUCUAUAAUCCCGCCUCCUAUGAAACUCUCGUGUCUGAAUCAAACGACAAUGUCUGGGGUCUAAUCCCGAGUAUAAAGAAGAAAUUACAUGAUCAUCAGAAGAAAGCAUUUGAGUUCCUUUGGAGAAACCUUGCAGGGUCUUUGAUACCUUCAGAAAUGGAACCAUCAAGCAAGAAAGUUGGUGGUUGUGUAAUUUCUCAUGCUCCUGGUGCCGGGAAAACUUUUCUUAUCAUCGCGUUCCUUGUUAGUUACUUGAAGCUAUUCCCCGGGAAGAGACCUUUAGUUCUUGCACCGAAAACAACACUUUAUACAUGGUACAAGGAGAUUAUAAAGUGGGAGUUUCCGGUCCCAGUGUAUCAAAUACAUGGCCGAAGAACCUACAGAGAUAGAAUUUACAUGCAAAAAGUCGGGACUGCUUCAUCAAGUCUUGUACCAAAUGGAGAUAUCAUGCAUGUUCUUGAUUGCUUGGAGAAGAUACAGAAGUGGCAUGCUCACCCUAGUGUUCUUCUCAUGGGUUACACCUCCUUUCUAUCGCUUAUGCGAGAAGACUCUAAGUAUGCUCAUCGUAGGUACAUGGGUCAGAUUCUGAGGGAAAGUCCCGGGAUUUUGAUACUUGAUGAAGGACACAACCCGAGAAGCACAAAGUCAAGGCUGAGGAAAGCUUUAAUGAGGGUUGACACAGAAUUCAGAAUUUUACUCUCAGGAACUUUGUUUCAGAACAACUUUGGUGAGUAUUUCAACACUCUUUGCUUGGCAAGGCCAAAGUUUGUUGAUGAGGUGCUUCGAGUGCUUGACCCUAAGUAUAAGAAGAAAAUAAAGGGGCAGAAUAAAACGCGAACUUCCAUUGAAAACCGUGCCAGGAAGGUUUUCAUGGACAUCAUUGCAAGGAAGAUAAACUCGAGUGAGACAGAAGAAAGAGCUGAUGGCCUAAACAUGUUGAAGAACAUGACAAACAAGUUUAUUGAUGUAUAUGAAGGCGGAGGCUCAGAAAACCUGCCUGGCCUUCAGAGUUAUACUCUGAUGAUGAAGCCAACUCCUUUGCAGCAUGAAAUUCUUGUGAGACUUCACAAACACAUGAAUGUGGCUCGAGGAUUUCCUUUAGAACUCGAGCUCAUGAUCACCCUUGGAUCGAUCCAUCCAUGGUUGAUAAAAUCCGCUGUUUGUGCAAACAAGUUUCUUAGCUUGGAGGAGCUUCAGAGCCUCGACGAGUUUAGGCUGGACCCUACAAAAGGGUCAAAGGUGAAAUUUGUCCUUGGACUGGUCCAGAGGUCUAUAAUAAGGCGGGAGAAGGUUUUGAUCUUUUGCCACAACAUAGCGCCAAUCAACCUCUUCCUUGAGCUUUUUGAGAGAAUUUACGGGUGGAAGAAAGGCCACGAGGUUCUAGUCCUUCAAGGGGAUCUCGAGCUUUUUGAAAGAGGAAGGGUGAUGGAUAAAUUCGAGGAACGUGGAGGGCCAUCAAAGGUGUUACUCGCUUCAAUCAAUGCUUGUGCUGAAGGUAUUACCUUGACAGCUGCCUCUAGGGUGGUCUUGUUGGACUCUGAAUGGAACCCCUCAAAGCAAAAGCAGGCCAUUGCUCGAGCAUUUAGGCCCGGUCAAGAGAAGAUAGUGUAUGUUUAUCAGCUAUUAGUUAAUGGUACAUUAGAAGAAGAUAAGCAUGGUAGAACAACAUGGAAAGAAUGGGUUUCUUGUAUGAUAUUUAGUGAAGAACAUGUGGAUGAUCCUUCAAAAUGGCAAGCGGAGAAGAUCGAAGAUGCUUUAUUGAGAGAAAUCGUUGAGGAGGAUCAUGCUAAGUCUUUCCAUAUGAUUAUGAAGAAUGAAAGGGCUUCUUAUGAGAAUCCUUUGAAGGUGAUCACUGAGGAAUAAAACCAUCACCCCUCCAAAAAUUGUAAAAUAGCUAUUGUAUAAAAUCCGGAGGAUGAUCGUGGAUGUUCGUGUUCAAUGAAGCAGGAAUGUCAAAUAUGAUUCUGAUGUAGUUAUGUUAUGACUAACUAUUUAGAUGCAAAUUCUGCAUUUUCCCUGAUGUUUAUGAGGCAGAGUUCGCGGUUCAUGAUAGUGUAGUCUAAUGUUAUAAUAUGCAGCUCAUAACGAGAAACUGAUGCUUGCUUGGAGAUGUACUCAUGUACUCUCUCCAAUCCAAAUUACAGUUUUUUUUUUUUUUAAGGUUGUGCAUAUAUUAAGGAAAUGUGAGUUAUCUCGUGUUUGAACUUAUUGGUACUUAUUAAUUCGUAUUUGAACUUAUAUUAGCUGUAAACUUGUGUACCUUUGCUUUAUUUUAACUUAUCAGUCCUGAAUUUUCUUGAUAGUGGAAUAAGAAUUCAUGUUAUUACUAAUUUA